CAGCGCACUCCGGGGCUCGGCGCGGAGCGGCGCGGAGCGGAGCGGCGGAGCCCGCGGCCCUUCCCCGGCCCCUGCCCGGCCGGGCCAUGCUCUAACGGGGCCGGUACCGGGGCGCGGGGCCGAGCGGGGCGGCGGAGCGGGGCAGCGGCCACCCCCCGCGCCCCCUGCCCGCAGCGCGGCCGGGACGGGAGCAUGCGGGUCCUCCUCCUCUGCCUCCUGACUCUCGCGGACUCCCACGGGCAAGCGGCACAGACACGGUUUGUGGAGGAGCCAGAGGACCAGACGGUGGUGGCCGGCCAGAGGAUCGUCCUCUCCUGCGUGGUGCUCAAUUACUCCGGGAUUGUGCAAUGGACCAAAGACGGCCUCGCCCUGGGCAUGGGGCAGGGGCUCAAAGCCUGGCCACGCUACCGCAUCAUUGGCACGGCCGACUCGGGCCAGUACAACCUGGAGAUCACCGACGCCGAGCUUUCCGAUGACGCCGUGUACGAGUGCCAGGCCACCGAGGCCGCACUGCGGUCCCGGCGGGCCAAGCUCACCGUGCUGAUCCCCCCCGAGGACCCCACCAUCGACGGAGCCCCCGAGAUCCUGCUGCGUGCAGGGACACCAUACAACCUGACGUGCCGGGCACGCAGCGCCAAGCCAGCAGCCACCAUCGUCUGGUACCGGGAUGGGCUCCAGCAGGAUGGAGCCAUCACCAGCACGGAGGUGUUGGCUGAUGGCAAGCGGGAGACGACCACCAGCCAACUUGCCAUCAACCCAACCGACCUGGACAUCGGGCGGGUGUUCUCCUGCCGCAGCACCAACGAUGCCAUCCCGGCCGGCAAGGAGACCUUCGUCAAGCUGAAUGUUCACCAUCCCCCGACUGUCACCCUGUCCAUCCAGCCCCAGACGGUGCAAGAGGGCGAGAGGGUCGUGUUCACCUGUAUGGCGACCGCCAACCCUGAGAUCAAAGGCUACAGGUGGGCCAAGGGGGGGGUGAUCAUCGAGGACGCCAAGGAGAACAAGUACGACACGCAGGUGGAUUACACCUUCUUCACGGAGCCCGUCUCCUGCGAGGUGCACAACGACAUCGGCAGCACCAACGUCAGCACGCUGGUGGACGUGCACUUUGCCCCUCGCAUCGUGGUGGACCCCAAACCCACUGUCACAGACAUCGGCUCCGACGUGACGCUGACAUGUGUGUGGUCCGGCAACCCGCCACUGACCCUCACCUGGACUAAAAAGGAAUCCAACAUGGUCCUGAGCAACAGCAACCAGCUGUACCUGAAGUCCGUCACGCAAGCCGAUGCGGGGCAGUAUGUCUGCAAAGCCAUUGUCCCCCGCAUCGGCGUGGGCGAGCGCGAGGUCACCCUCUUUGUCAACGGACCCCCCAUCAUCUCGAGCGAGGCUGUGCAGUACGCCGUGCGCGGCGACCGCGGCAAGGUGGAGUGUUUCAUCGGCAGCACACCUCCCCCAGACCGCAUCGCGUGGGCCUGGAAGGAGAACAUUUUGGAGGCAGGGACGCUGGAGCGGUACACCGUGGAGCGGACUAACACGGGCAGCGGGGUCCUCUCCACCCUCACCAUCAACAACGUCAUGGACGCCGACUUCCAGACCCGUUACAACUGCACGGCCUGGAACAGCUUCGGGCCGGGGACCGCCAUCAUCCAGCUGGAGGAGAAAGAGGUCUUGCCCGUGGGCAUCAUUGCCGGUGCCACCAUCGGGGCCAGCAUCCUCGUCAUCGGCUUCCUCGUGGUGCUCGCCUGCUUCCUCUACCGGCGCCGGAAAGGAAGCCGCAAGGACGUCACCCUGCGCAAGCUGGACAUCAAGGUGGAGACAGUGAACAGGGAGCCCCUGACGCUGCAUGCGGACCGUGAAGAGGACACAGCCAGCGUGUCCACAGCCACCCGUGUCAUGAAGGCCAUCUACUCGUCGUUCAAGGACGACGUGGACUUGAAGCAGGACCUUCGCUGUGACACCAUCGACACCCGCGAGGAGUACGAGCUCAAGGACCCCACCAACGGCUACUACAACGUCCGUGCCCACGAGGACCGCCCGUCCUCCCGCACCGUCCUCUACACUGACUACCGCAACCCCGGCCCAGCACGCUACGACACUCGCCCCACCUCCCGCCUCUCCCACUCCAGCGGCUACGCUCAGCUCAACACCUACAGCCGCGGCCCCGCGUCCGACUACAACGCCGAGGCGGCACCGGGUCCCGGACCCCCUCCCGGCACAGCGGGCGGCGAGACGGCAAGCCAGCUUUCCUAUGAGAACUACGGGGGUCACACCGCCUUCCCGGCCAGUGCCGGUUAUGCCACCUACCGCCUGGGGUACGGCCAGCCCCCCAGCCUGGACCGGGCACCCUACGAUGCCUACGACCCCAUGGGCAAGUACGCCAGCGCCACGCGCUUCUCCUACACCUCCCAGCACUCGGACUACGGGCAGCGCUUCCAGCAGCGGAUGCAGACGCAUGUCUAGGGCAGGCAGGGGCUGGCAGACAGCACCAAGGAGGAGGGGGCGCAGGCAGCAGGGGUCCACAGGUACCUCACGACUGUCCCCUGAUAUUCAGGGGCUCAUCCUGACCCUCCUGCCCCGCUUCUCCUCUAGCGGCUGGACUCCACGUGCUGUGCCACCCCCCUGGGGUUUGCUGGCAGCGGGGACGUGCCCCAAGUCUCUUCGAGCUUCCACUCAUUCAGUUCUUUCUUUUCGGUACCUUCCCGGAGGAGGGAGGGGGUUGGGGGGCAUCCUCCCCGCCGUGCCCGUCCCGUCCCCCUGACCCCAGCCAGCCUCAGCGGGUGCGUGCGGGUCCGCAUGGCUCUCGGGGCCGGCUCUGCAGCCUCCACUCCCCCAUUGCCCUGGAUCCCCCCUGUUGAGCUCUGCGGUGCCGGAUCCAUCCCUGAUGGGUCCCCAGCACCCCUGAGCCAGCACCUGCCUCUCCCUCCUCUGCAGGAGCAAGGGGCUGCACACGAGCUGCCCCCAGAACCCCCCCGUCCCAUCCAGACCCCCAUGCAAGGGAGCAGGGAGGUGCUAUAUGUGUGUAUAUACGUGUCUGUAUGUACACACAUAUACGCAAUGGUUUCUGUUAUCACCAAAAAAAGCCCCAUCCCAGCCCGUUCCCGUUCCCUGUGCCUUGAUUUUGGGGACAGCCCUCACUUGGGGCCAGCUUCCCCCUUCCCCACCCAUCCCACCUGCCGACAGCCCCCACGCCCACCCUCGGAGCCGCAAUCCCAGGGGAUCAGGACGGGUAAAUUCAGAGCAGCAGACCCCCCGGCAUCUGCGUGUCCCCCCCUAUACGCACACUCAGACCUACGGCACAGGCAGCGGCAGGUUUCCGUCCCGCUGUUGUCAGCCUGACCCCAAGCAACACCCUGAGCAACACCCUGUUGGACCGGCUGGCGUGGGGAUGGGGGGGGUCCCUCUUAUGAAUGUAUAUAAAGGUGUAUAUAAGGGGUGUAAGUGCCCUCCCGGCCACCAGCAAGUGUUAUCGCUCCCCAACCCCAUCCCCAGCACGCUGCCGCCCCAGCCCUGCGGGUUUGGCGAAUGUUUUGAGCCACAGCAAACCAAACCAGCUGGGAGCAGGAGCUCAGCCAGUCCCCCAGCUCCAGGGACUGGGAGGCACUGGGCAGCCGGGGCGAUGGGACCCCAGUUUCGCUGCCUGCAGCCAUAACGCUUGCCCAGCCGUCAGCUCAGGAGCUGCAGACGGGGGUCUUGCCGGGGGGCGAUGAGUUUUGGUGGGAGGGUGGAGGCGUAGCGAGGGGGUUUGGCCGGGGAGCCCUUCCCGGUUACAUCCUGGCCCCACCCCCCAAAACUGUCCCUGCGGUCCCCCGGGAUUAGGUACGAAACACCUCCCCACGCGCGCCCACCCCACGGGGUCUGUCCUGGGGAGGGGGACAUGCUUUGCAGUCCCCAUCCCACCGAGCACCCCACUCCCAGUCACUGACCCCAGCGGGCUGGAUGCCACCCUGUCGACAGCAGGUACGAUUUCGAAGGGCUGCCAGGAGGGUUUGGGAAGGGGCUGGCAGAGCCGUGCUGGCAACACAGCCCCAGUGGCACAGCCGGGGGGUCCGCUGCCCCCCUCCUUCCCCCCUCGACACCCCCACCCCCCCAAAAAGGUACUGUCAGGACGGGCCAAACCCUGGAAGGUGCUGAGCCCGCGCCCAGCCUGAGCCUCCAACUGCAGGACUGCGUGCCAUUUCUUGCAAUGGUGCCUGAUUUAACCCCCUACACGCACCCUCUCCUUGCCCCGCGUCCCCCCCGAGGACAGCCCCGUUUCGGGGGGCUCCCGCCCCAGGUGCUGCACCCCCACGUUGAUAGCAAUAGCCACCACGGCAGCGCAGGACGGGUGUCCCACCCCAGCCAUCCCCGGGUGCCGUGAAUCGAAGCCGAAGCUUUAAAUUAAAACUCUUGCCGGGGUGGGAACGGGGCCCCCCAGGCCAUGGCUGAGCCCCCCGGCACUGGGCGAGCGGGUCCCUUCCCUAGCACCGGCUGGUUUAGACCCCUAGAGACACGUAUCUGUGAUGCCCCCACCCUGCCCCCACCUCCCAUUUUUUUAUUUUUCAUUUUCCUUUUUUUUAAAUAUUAUGUACUAUAUUUUUAGUCUUAAACACGAUAUAUUAUAUAUAUUUAAUUUUUUUAUAUAUAUAUAUAAAUAUAAAUGUUAAAAAAGGGGCUGCAGGUCGCCUUUGUUCU